GAGCAGCGAGAGGGCGAGCGAUUGGAGAGGAGCCGUUAGUGCGCGAGCCGUUGUGCCAGUGUGGAGGCGCCGCGCCGCGCGGAGCGGAGCUCAACUCUCAGCGCUCGCACAGGACUUACACGGGAGGACUGCAAACAAAAAUAAACCCCCGUCAACAACCACAACAGGGAGAGGCAAAUCCCACCAGGACUGGGAUCGAGGGAGGGGAGGGGGGAGGGGGAACAUCCAAGAGAGAUUCUUCUACGCCAGAACUUUCUGAGCUUGUGUGUGUGUGUGUGUGGUGGUGUGUGUGUGUGUUUUGGGGAGGGGGGGGAAGUUUGUUGGAAUAUGGUUGGGGAAAUGGAAAAUAAGGAGCGACCAAAACCGACCCCAGACUAUCUCAUGCAACUGAUGAACGACAAGAAGCUGAUGAGUAGCCUGCCCAACUUCUGCGGCAUUUUCAACCAUUUGGAGAGGUUGCUGGACGAAGAGAUCAGCAGAGUGCGGAAAGAUAUGUACAACGACACAUUAAAUGGCAGCACAGAGAAAAGAAGUGCAGAAUUACCAGAUGGUGUGGGGCCUAUUGUACAAUUACAAGAGAAACUUUAUGUGCCUGUUAAAGAAUAUCCAGAUUUCAACUUUGUUGGAAGAAUUCUUGGACCCAGGGGACUAACAGCAAAACAGUUGGAAGCAGAGACUGGAUGCAAGAUUAUGGUGCGAGGCAAGGGCUCAAUGAGGGACAAGAAGAAGGAGGAGCAAAACAGAGGCAAACCAAACUGGGAACACCUGAAUGAAGACUUGCACGUAUUAAUCACUGUGGAAGAUGCACAGAACAGAGCAGAAAUCAAGCUAAAGAGGGCAGUGGAGGAAGUUAAGAAAUUACUUGUACCAGCAGCAGAGGGAGAGGAUAACCUUAAGAAGAUGCAACUAAUGGAAUUAGCGAUACUGAACGGCACCUAUAGAGAUGCCAACAUCAAAUCACCUGCCCUUGCCUUUUCUUUUGCAGCGACAGCCCAAGCUCCACGGAUCAUUACAGGGCCCACGUCGGUUCUUCCACCAGCUGCCUUGCGAGCCCCUACGCCAGCUGGUCCAACUAUUAUGCCUCUAAUUAGGCAAAUUCAAACAGCAACAGUCAUGCCUAAUGGAUCCCCUCAUCCAACUGCAAUAGUGCCUCCUGCACCUGAAGCCGGUCUAAUCUAUACUCCUUACGAUUAUCCUUACACACUGGCACCAGCUACUUCCAUCCUGGAGUAUCCCAUUGAGCCUAGCGGAGUGCUUGUAUGGCAUUCCCAACGAAAGGCUAAGAAUUCAAGGACCCUUAUCACUGAACCCUCAUCAGAUCUGAACUUUAACAAAUGCUUAGUUUCACAGCAGCCAUGGACAAAAUGUGCCCAACAUGACUGUCAGUGAAAUGCUAGCAUUGUGUGUGUGUGUGUGUGUGUGUGUGUGUGUGUGUGUGUGCGUGCGUGUGUGUGCGCGCGUGCAAGCGCACGCGCGCACAUUUGGAAACCAGUUGGGUCAAUUAGUUAUAAUUCUGGCCUAGUGCUCUUCCUACUAUUUUUGUCACAUCUAUCCCAGAGGAACCACACGCAGUGUAUUUCAUUGCCUGCUUGGUGUAGGGUAUUUGCUUUAUAUAUCACCUAAUUCAUUGCAAUUUGUAGCUAGUGGCUUCUGAGUUAAGCGUGCAUUUUGUAGGUCAAACAAUUGCUGCAAAAAUUUUAAAAUCUGUAGAGGUUUUAUUUUAAAAAAAAUAAUUGAUGUCAAUAUUGAUUCAGUGUUAUGAAUUAAAACUUGUUUCUCUGCAAGGUGCACUCCACUGAUUAUGUGACUAGUAAAACUUAAUUGUGCUUGGAUCUAAUUGAGUAAUCUCAUUUCAUAUGGUGGGAUUUUUAACAAGUGGAUAACGACAAUGGGUUAAGACUAUGUCUUUUGAAAUGGAAUGCAAUAUUAACAUGCACAGUUGUACUCAAUUAAGUAAUUUCUGCUUUAAAGUUCAAGUUAUAAAGGUGCUGUGCCUUAACCUAUUUUUUAACUGCUAUCUUGCUGUAAUUUCUAAUGUAAAUCCAUCUUUGAUCUGCUGUUGAAAUGCUAUUGAUGUGUUAACCAAUCACUUCCUAGGAAAUUCCUCUAACCAUGUGUUGGAAAUGUUGCAAUUUAACUAGGUGCAGUGGCUACUAAAGUUCGAAGGCACGAUAUGCGGGUCCAUCCUUACCAAAGGAUUGUGACCGCUGACCGAGGUUAGUUUAGUUCUGGAGUUCUUGUUUUUUGUUGAACAUGUUGAUUGAAAGGGUGCUGCUUUGCAAAAUCACAUCAGGCGGGGUUGACCAAUGGUCUAAUUUCUGAGGACCAGUUAUGUCCAUUUUUAUUCAGCCAAAUACCACUGUGCCCAAUAACUCUUCAGAUUUUUGUUGCAAAGCUUUGUCGGAACUUCUGAAUGUAAGUUCCUCACAUUGGAUGGUGGUGGAAAGGUAUUUAAGGCUGGAGAAAGAGAAUAUUAGUGUUCCUGUUCCUGCCUGGUAAGAUUGAUGAACAUUGAGAGACAUGUUCUAACUGCCAAUGUCUGUUUAGUAUUGAGGGAGGGAGGGGGAAAUGCAUUCAUUUAUUUUAAAAGUAGUCAAAUCCAAAAAGACUUUUCAAACUAUGCUUCUGAAAGGACCAAAUCCUUUUCCUUGAAGAAACUCUGAAUUGUGCCUUUAUAAUCUUCAGUGGAAUAUAAUACAUGAAUAUGAAUUUUAUACACUAUUGUACCUGAUUCUUAUUGAUGCUUGUUGUGGCAUCCAUGUACUUUUUAUACCUACAUUGGACCCAUCAUACCUAUACAGUGGGGUCAACAUUUUAUCUGUGUAGUUAUCUCGGGAUUUUCUCCCCAUAAUGUAUUCAGAAGGUCUUAACAGGAAUCAAUGUUCAUUUUCCCAGCCUAACUCUUGCCAUAAUUAUGUUCCCUUAGACCUGUAAGUGAAAAAACAUAUAUAAAUUAUUAAUAUAUUUUAGGCUCACGAAUACACCAUGAAUCCAUGAAUUUUACCUUCUUAAUUUUCAAAGAUAUCAUUGCAUUCAACCAAUGGUUAUGUAAACUUCCAGGAAUGAAAAAUCUUAACUAAUUUUUAUGAAAGGUUAGACUCAAGACCAAGUGAAAUAUCAGUAUUUACUCAUCUACUUUUUUUUCCUGACAAAAAAAAAUGGAAUUAAUCCCUUUAGCCCAGCUUCCCAUGUACAUUUUUUUGCUCAGAUCCAAAUUGUUUUCAUUACCUGGCUGAUUAGUUUUAUGUAGGGGAAUGUAUUAUGUUUCAAGUGCACUUUAAGUUUUAGGUGAGAUUGUGUCUAACUGAGGGGUUGAGGGUGGAGAGGACGGAAACUGAAGUGAGGAAAGGAAGAAGGAAGAAUAGUGGUAUGGAAGGAUGGAUAUAAUGUGGGACUAGAUCCGGCCACAAACAAUAAACUAAAAGUCAACUUUCUCUUGCAAUUUGCUGGCUCUGAGACUCUUCAGGCCUGGAAGAUCCAGCUGGGCUCAUGAACAGCUACAUCAGGUGUGCAUAUUCAAGUCUAGGAGAGAGGGGGAGGUGGUGUUGAUGUUUUGACAGCAUGGAGAAUAACUUGAAUGUUUUAUACAAGACCCAGGGUAACAGAUUUUGAGAUCAAAAGCUGAGUGAGGAUACAACACCUGGUGUCAGAAAGAAGACAUCUAAAGCAGCUGUUGGAUAAUGCUGUAGCACUCACUACUUUACGUAAUGGAUGGUUUUUGUUUUGCACUUAAUCCGGAGAUUAUUUUCAAGACACCAGAGCUCAGGUAAAUUCUGUAAAUUAUCAAAACUCCAGGGCAGAUACGGAGUUCCUAGCUAUGCCUGCUGUCAUCCAUACCAUUAGAAGAUCCCAUUCAGGUCUGCAUGGUGUGUUGGGAGCCUAAAUUAUCACAUUGUUUUCUAUCAUUAAAUUUGGGCCUUAAUUUAUUCAUGAGCUUUUUAAAGCCAGUGUCUACCAACUGGGUCUAAGGGACUUCUAUAUUUGAAAUAAUAUAUGGGUUGUUUAAAUAGAAUGGUUCCCUUCCUUUGCAUAGGAUUGCAUGUCUCUUAAGUAUUCAUUUUGCAACAGAAAAAAAAUUACUUUCCAGCCGAUUUAGAUGUAUUACUUUUAACUGAGUAUUUAGAUUUGGUGAUGGGUUAAUGACUGCAACAUUCUUUACUGCAAAGAAAAUGACCCUGCAGUGCAACUUUACAGAAAUGUAUUUGGUACAGAUAACAAGAUAGACUGACUGAAGUAAUUGGAAUAAACUCCACAUUGUGUUGCACGGUUAUUGAACCUGUGUGUACUGUUGAAAGCCUAGGACUGAGCAGAGGAUCUGUAGCAGGUGUAUUGGUUGAUUAGAGAUUAUAACCAUUUUGUUGGUCCUUAUAGGCUGUAUACUUCAGAAGACCAGUAAACACAUAUAUGUGCUUCAUUUUCCCUGAGCAUAUUGUGGCCAUUUACAAGUAUUUUGCAACAUAUAUUAAAUCACUAAUACAACGGAUUUUAUUUUUUUGAAUUUUUGGAAGAAAAAUAUUCUAACAGUGAGUGAGUAUUUGAAUGUAAAGUGAUUAUAUAGGCAUCAGUCCUUCCUUCAUUUUAACAGGUACAUUGAAAGAACUGUCGUCACAGUAUUAUUGUUUUAUUAUGUCAUGACCUCAGCUGCUAAUGUAUUUGGAUAUUGUGACAGGAUCAGUGUCCGAUUCCAUGCAGUUCGAACUCCUGGCCUUCCAUUGGCUCUCGGUGGGUGAUGCACUCCUUUUUUUUUAAACCCACUAACAUGGACAAAUGUGCUGUUCUUCAAUCCUGUGAUUUAUUCCUUUUUACCCUAAAGAAGAUGAGGUCUAAAAAUAAGUCACCAUGACCGUAACAUGGCGAAUGAGUACAGCCUAAUAUAUGGGCCAUCAAAAGGGAUGCUGUUAUUAAGCAUUACACCAGCCUUACCUUGCUAAAAUGGCACAAAUUUGACUUUGCACUGAAUAAUUUAUUUCAUUUCCUCUGUUCAAGUCUUGCAGCCAACAGUACAAUAUUUUGGAACCUCAGAACUUUGAUACAUGUUAAGCUGUUGAACAAAAGUCUUAUUUUACAAUUAAGUGGACCAAGUUGGGUGGAGGGAAAUGGGAGAACAAGAGAGUAUGAAAGAGAAACAGAAAGAUUCCAGAACGCUGUGACUUAUCAUUUUCCACUUGAGAACUUUUGUUUUACUGUAAUCAUCUCCAUUUUUAAUUUUUUUUGCAAAGAAAAUAGUAUUACAGGUGGCUUCUUUUAAAAAAAAUAUAAAAAAUAUAAAGCAGGAAUGUAUAUGAAAAUGUCAGAUUUUAUUGUAUUUGCAGAGUAUUAGCAUUGAAAUUCAAAAAAAGAGGGCUGUUUGUAGUUUAAAAUGUGCAUUAUAGUGUUGAGUAGAAAUUCAUCUAUUUUUGGAUAUACUUUAGGGCUUUAUAAAUGUAGACUUUUAAACGGCAGGACUUCUUUUGUGUUUACAUGCAAAUGCAUUUUAUACAAGACUGUCCUAUAAGUGUACAAUAGUACUCUCAACUGGAAUAUGUUGGAUAAAGUAAAUUAAUUGGCCUCUUCCAAGUUCCCAUGAUGUAGCCAACACUGCUAGUCGGAUAAUUUAGAAUUGCUUGUAUUUUGAGGUCAAGAGUUUCAUACUGUUGUAAAUAGAAGAAAUGAAAGGCAAUAAAAUUUUAUUGAACAACUUG